CUUUAUUAAUUUCCAUAUGAUAUUCUGGACUUCUGGUAAUGUAGUUAGGAUAAGCAGAAUCUGAGAGCACCAAUGGCCAGUUCUUCACAGCCAAGCUUGUUGAGCUACCACCAUAGUUGCUGCUGUUCAACCUCUAAUUCCAAUUCUACCCCCAUCGCUCGUUUCCCCUCUUCAAUAUCUCUCUCCAAACUUCAUGGAUCCUGCAAAACUCAGAUUCCCAGAAAUCUUUCCUUAUCUCUGACUAAAACUCAUGCAAAAUUUGACAAAUUCGAGGGCGGCGAGGACAGCCCUGUACAGCUGCAGGACGAACUAAUACAACAAGAACAAGAAGGGUUUUCUGAUCAACAAGUUAAAGAAGAAGAUGAUGAUUGCUUGCCUUCAGAUUUGGUGGGUGCGGUUCGACAAUCAGGUCAAGCUAGUGCUUCAUUCGUGGAUGCUGGAGGAUCAAGAGCCAUCGUUGAACUUCUAAUACCUCAGCUGCAAUUUUUGGAUGAUGAAGGUGCACAAGCUGACCUAUGGGAACUAUCAAGGGUUUUUAUUGAUACGCUUAUUGAAGAAACAGGAUGCCAGAAUGUAAAAGCAAUAUUUCCGGACACAGGAGCUGCUGCACUUCUGAAGUACCAGUGGAAAGAUGCCGCCUUUGGAUUCUCUAGCUUAAGUGAUAGGAAGCCUGUACAAGAUGAAGAUGAGAUUAUUGUCAUGGUGGUUCCUGAUUAUCAGAUGUUGGAAUAUGUACAGAAGAUUGCUACUCUUCUCGCAGAUGAUCCGCCAAGACCUCUCAUCAUGUGGAAUCCACGCCUUGUCAGUGAAGAUGUGGGAGUUGGCUUUAACGUUCGGAAGUUAAGACGCUACUUCCUGAGAACAUUUUCCGUGGUUUAUUCAAUGAGACCUUUUCCAACUGGUGCAGUGUUUAGGUGUUAUCCUGGAUUAUGGAAGGUCUUUUAUGAUGACAAGGACAGGAUGGGCAGGUAUCUGCUUGCUAAAGAACUAAUUAGCCGUCCUGAUGCUGGAGAACUAGAGGGAAUUUUCGGAGAUGUUCAAGAGAAGACAGAAGACGGACCAUCUAUAUUUGCUAGAGCAGCAGGCAUAUUCAACUCAAUAAAUAGGUUCAUGAGAGUCAUAUCAAAAUAACAAUCUGGGAUAUGUUAAAUGCAUUUUUCCAGAAAAUCCAGGUUCUUCUGGGUCAGCUACAUUCUUCCAAUUCCUCUAUGUAAUUAAACAGAAAAUGCAAGCAAAUUUUGUACAUGGGAAUUGAUUGGAUCAUAGCAUAAAAUUGACGAAGAUUUCUGAACGGAAA